AUGCUCAUCACCGUCCAGGUUUACUCUUCCCCUGCCAAGCCAUGCCCAUCACCAUCCAGGUUUACUCUUCCCCUGCCAAGCCAUGCCCAUCACCAUCCAGGUUUACUCUUCCACUGCCAAGCCAAGCCCCCACCACCAUCCAGGUUUACUCUUCCACUGCCAAGCCAAGCCCCAGCACUAUCCAGGUUUACUCUUCCCCUGCCAAGCCAAGCCCCAUCACCAUCCAGGUUUACUCUUCCCCUGCCAAGCCAUGCCCAUCACCAUCCAGGUUUACUCUUCCCCUGCCAAGCCAUGCCCAUCACCAUCCAGGUUUACUCUUCCACUGCCAAGCCAAGCCCAACCACCAUCCAGGUUUACUCUUCCACUGCCAAGCCAAGCCCCACCACUAUCCAGGUUUACUCUUCCACUGCCAAGCCAAGCCCCACCACCAUCCAGGUUUACUCUUCCCCUGCCAAGCCAUGCCCAUCACCAUCCAGGUUUACUCUUCCACUGCCAAGCCAAGCCCCACCACCAUCCAGGUUUAUUCUUCCACUGCCAAGCCAAGCCCCACCACUAUCCAGGUUUACUCUUUCCCUGCCAAGCCAAGCCCCACCACCAUCCAGGUUUACUCUUCCCCUGCCAAGUCAUGCCCACCUCCAUCCAGGUUUACUCUUCCACUGCCAAGCCAAGCCCCACCACUAUCCAGGUUUACUCUUCCCCUGCCAAGCCACGCCCACCACAAUAUAA